UCAUAAUUUACUAAAUUUAUUUUUUUCAGAUGGACAAGAGCAACAACCUUCCUUGAAUAAUGCAUCAACAUUUCUGAAACUACAGGAAUCGACAAUAACAUCUCCAUGCAUACCUAGCUGCAACUUCCAUUCUUUGAUUUUUGUUUGAAGAAUAAGAAAAAUUGAAAGAUCUUCAUGGCUUCAAUAGAGUUUGCACCCAAUAAACAAGGACAACUGCCAACUUCAACCAGUUCAAUAUGGAGCACCACACAAAGUGAACAGCAGUUGGUAGAGGUCUCAACAAAGAAAGCAUAUUUACAAAGGAGACCUACCAGAAGAAGAAUAGAAUGUUCAUUGACAGUCUCCAUCAUUCUCUUAGCAAUAGUAGCUUCCAUACUCAUCUUUGUAACUGUAUAUUAUUUCAAACUCAAGGAUCAAAUUGGCAGUCUAUGUCUAAGUGCCCAGUGCAUACAUUCAG